AUGGCAGAUGCCUCUGGUAUGGCCACUGGGGAGGAGCCAACCACUGAGGAGAUGGCCUCUGUGGAGGAGCCAACCCCUAUGGAGGAGCCAACCCCUAUGGAAGAGCCAGUGACUGUGAACGAAGAAGCUUCCGAGGAGCCUGUCAAGGUCCAACCGCCUAAAAAAGCCACCUCAAAGAGGAGGGGGGAACAGCCAGAGAGGCAACAUCGCUCGCAUCGCCCUCUCCAGCGCCAAGGCAUGAUAGAAGCUCAGCAGCGCAGAGCCGCCCGCCUCAUCAGACGCCAUACGAACAGCUUCGCCAUAUAUUUUCCCAAGGUGCUACGAAAUGUCCAUGUGGGCUUCACCCUUUCCCAGAGGUCCGUGCGCAUAUUGGAUUCAUUCGUGAUGGAUAUGUUUCAAAGAAUCGCAACAGAAGCAAGCAACUUGGCUCGUCACACGAGAAGAAGGAUUAUCAACUCUAAAGAUAUCCAGACAGUGGUUCGCCUUUUGCUCCCUGGUGAGCUCUGCAAGCGAGCAACAGCUGAAGGCACCCUGGCUCUUUUUCGAUACAUCUGUAAAAAGUGA